AUCUUUAUCACAACAAAACAAACCCAUUCCAAACACAACUAAUCAUGCUAUCUUUUUGCUUUUUUUACUUUCUUCUAUUUUUAGCAUUCAAGAAAAUUCAGUUUUCCAAAUUAGCAUUGUUUUUCAAACCAGUUCAAAAACCUAAAAGAAAUAAUGUAUCAACAAGCAUGGAGAAUUUACCACAUGAAUUGGUAUCAAACAUUCUCUCAAGGUUACCUUCAAGAGAGUUGUUGAAAAACAAGCUUGUUUGCAAAACUUGGUACAAUCUCAUAACUGAUUCUCAUUUUACAAACAAUUACUAUUCUUUUCACAACCAACUUCAAAACCAAGAGGAGCAUCUUUUGGUUAUUCGUAGACCCUUUAUUUCAAGCCUCAAAACUACAAUUUCUCUUCAUUCUUCAACUUUCAAUGAUCCUAAAAAAAAUGUUUGUUCUUCUCUUUUAAACCCUCCUGAGCAAUACAAUUCUGAACAUAAAUAUUGGUCUGAAAUUAUGGGACCAUGCAAUGGUAUAUACUUACUUCAAGGAAAUCCAAAUGUCUUGAUGAAUGCUUCUUUACAACAGUUCAAGGCUUUACCUGAAUCCCAUUUAACAGAUUCAAAUGGCAUUUAUUCUCUCACUGAUUAUGCUAGUUUUGGUUUUGAUCCUAAAACUAAUGACUAUAAAGUUAUUGUGCUUAAAGAUCUUUGGUUAAAGGAAACAGAUGAAAGACAAAAAGGGUAUUGGACAGGUGAGUUAUAUAGUCUUAAUUCAAACUCUUGGAAAAAGCUUGAUGCUGAAACCCUUCCUCUUCCCAUUGAAAUUUGUGGUUCAUCGUCGUCUUCGUCUUCUCGGGUUUAUACUUAUGUAAACAAUUGUUGUCACUGGUGGAGCUUUGUUAAUAAUCAUGAUGAAUCUCAAGGUAUGAACCAAGAUUUUGUUUUGUCAUUUGAUAUAGUCAAUGAAGUUUUUAGAAAAAUUAAAGUACCAAGAAUAUGUGAGUCUUCACAAGAAACUUUUGUAACACUAGCACCUUUUGAAGAAUCUUCUACAAUUGGUUUCAUUGUUAACCCUAUAAGAGGAAAUGUGAAACACUUUGAUGUUUGGGUGAUGAGAGAUUAUUGGGAUGAAGGUUCUUGGAUCAAACAAUACAGUGUUGGGUCCAUUGAAUUAGAGAUUGAUAGGCUUAUGGGGUUCAUUGGGAGUAAUCGUUUUCUUUGGAAAUGUAAUGAUGAUGAGUUGGUAUUGCAUGAACAUGACUCACAAAAAAGAAGGGAUAUAAAAGUCAAAGAUUAUGGGAAGUAUGAUGAUUCAUUCAGAGCUGUUGUAUACAAGGAAAGCCUUGUUUCACUUCAAAGGGGGAAAUAAUAUUAUUCAACUAAUAAGGGCCCACUCAGGGUGUAUGUCAUUUUUUACAUAUACUUUGUAAAUUGUUUCACAUGAAAGAUAUAUGGGAUCAUCUACGCAGUUAGAAAACUGACUUUUUAAAAAAAAAUUAACUUUAAUCUUAAUGUUUGAUUCAUUUUUAAAUUGAUUAUUUAUUCAUGAUUAA